AACAAGUCGUCCUUAUAUAAAGCCAACCACACCCCUUUAGCUUCUCUCACCAUCAUCAUCAUCAUCAUCAUCAUCAUUUCUCUCUAUCUCUUUCUAAAACACAACCAUGACUGUUUCUUCAUCUCCAUGGGCUCUCAUGGCUCUCUUUCUAAUGGUUUCUUCAACAAUGGUAAUGGCUAUUCCUCCACGCAAGGCCAUUGAUGUACCAUUUGGUCGUAACUACGUCCCAACUUGGGCUUUUGACCACCAGAAACAGUUCAAUGGCGGUUCCGAACUUCAGCUUAUCCUCGACAAAUACACUGGUACAAUUACUAUUACCAAAUCUCUGCCUAAUGAUCACAAUGCAAGUUUUGAUAUUCCCAUUUUUUAUUUGGUAUAUAGGCUAAAGCUUAAUUUUUAAAGGUUAAAUUUUCUUGAGUUUAAAACUACAUUUCAUUUCACAGAUUAAGUAAAUAGCAUUAGUCAUAUCUAUUAUUUUACAAAUCAAUUUAUUUAGGAUUUGUUUUGUAAAAAUGUAUAAAACACCUUACUUUUAUCUUUCAUUAGGCCCCAAGAUCUUAGGUACACUCACUCACUAACUAUGUUACAUGUGUAUAAAAACAGGCACAGGAUUUCAAUCAAAGGGGUCAUAUUUGUUUGGACAUUUUAGUAUGCACAUAAAGCUUCCAGCUGGUGACACAGCCGGAGUUGUCACAGCUUUCUAUCUAUCAUCUACCAACAAUGAGCAUGACGAGAUAGACUUUGAGUUCCUUGGAAACAGAACAGGACAACCAGCUAUAUUACAGACAAAUGUAUUCACAGGAGGAAAGGGAAACAGAGAACAACGAAUCUAUCUCUGGUUUGAUCCUUCUAAGGCUUAUCACACUUACUCAAUCCUUUGGAACAUGUACCAGAUCGUAUUCUUUGUUGACAACAUACCAAUCCGAACGUUCAAGAAUGCUAAGGAUCUAGGAGUACGUUUCCCAUUCAACCAACCAAUGAAGCUUUACUCAAGCCUUUGGAACGCGGAUGAUUGGGCCACGAGAGGCGGUUUAGAGAAGACCAAUUGGGCCAAUGCACCUUUCGUUGCAUCUUACAAAGGAUUCCACAUAGAUGGUUGCCAAGCUUCUGUGGAAGCCAAGUACUGUGCCACACAAGGCCGCAUGUGGUGGGAUCAGAAAGAGUUCCGUGACCUUGACGCUGAACAAUGGCGUCGUCUCAAAUGGGUUCGUAUGAAGUGGACCAUCUACAACUACUGUACCGACCGGACUAGGUUCCCGGUUAUGCCAGCUGAAUGUAAAAGGGACAGAGACGCAUAAGUUACUACUCUUGAGGGUUUUAAUGAAUUUAUGCUAUCAUUAUUAUUUGAAUUAUGCUUGUUCAAGAGAUUGAUAUAUGUAUUGUUUGUUGGCCCAUGAUGUUUAUGCUAUAUUUGGGCCUAAAAUUACAUGUUAUAAUUCAUAUAUGUAUUGAUUAGCUAUGUAUUUUCAUAUGUUAUGAUCUACUUACAAGUUUUAUUCUUUAACGUGGUAAAAGUGCAUUUGGUAUUAACUAACAUAAACGUGAUUA